AUGACAGAAACAAAACCACCGAGUUCAAAUUCUAGAGAGGAUGUUCUUCAAUUUCUCGAAACACUUGACACAUACUCUCAAGCCACACCUGCUACAAGCCCCGCUUCCGUAGCACCUGUAGGGACACCAGCCGACACGCAAUCUGUAUUAGAUUUCCUAGACCAAAUUACUCAGUCCACUCCAACGACAACUACUACCGAACUUAGUAUGAAAAUAGACAGUCAAACUAAUGUUCCAUUGAAACAAGAACGCAUCGCGGAACAGCCAGAACACCAACAAGUGCAAGCUGAAACACAAAAACAAGGUGCCUGGUCAUGGGGUGGUCUUUUGCAAACGGCGUCUACAGCUUAUAAGUCCGCAAGCUCAGUAGUUGACAACUCAGUCAAGGGAGCUUUAGCAACAGUUGAAACAGUACGAACUAACGAAGCCACUAAAAAAUUCGAGGAGAAAGUUCGUGGUAUGGUAAAUAAAGAAGCCAUCGAAAAAAUAGGUUCGGAUCUUAAAACUCUCGGUCUUAACACUCUUACAACUGUUGUAAAUGCCGUGGUUCCUCCAAUUUCACAAUACGAAGUUGUCGAGGUUUGGCUAGCCCAUGAUAUGGUUGGUUAUGUUGGUGUAGAAUCGCUUGUGUAUAAAGCUUUUAUGAAAGUGAUGGACCAAGUUGAAGGUGGUGAUAUCGUUGUUCGAAAAGGAAACGAAUCCAAAAAGCGAGAUUCAGAAGAAGAAUCAAAGAAUUUGAAUGUUUGUGAAGGCUUUGCUGAGGCAGUUGGUCUAGCUAAGGCCAAUAUAGAGCAAAUCAUUAAGAAACACUACAAGCCCUCAGAAUUGGAUCAAAACCAUAUCCAAAUGGAGCUACAAUCACAAGAAAUAUUGAAAGAUGUUCCUACCACCAUCUGUCCUGUUUUUAUGGCGAUUCAGCCGACAAAAGCUAAUCCUUAUGUUAUCUCUUCUAAUCAAAGUGAAUCUAUCUCGGAUUCUGAGCAAUAUUUAUUUUAUGUUAUUGUUUUAAUCGAUCCGACACAUAACCUAACUUUUAAAACCUUUUCACAAGCCCUCCCAGUAAGCUGGUUGGAUAUCCCAUAUGAUGAAAAUGAGUGGGUAGAAGCUAAAAUGGUUUCUACCAUAAAAUUGGCAGUUCAAACUAUUGCACAAGAUUAU